GCACGCUUAUGAUCCACUUUGCUGUUGUUGUUUAUCGGAGGAAAUCAAAAUUUAGCCCCAUAGCGUGACAUCCAGCGACGCCGACAAUUGAUCAUCAGAAAACCUAGCGCCGAGAAGGGGUUGGGAUUCAGAUUGUGCCAUUGUAGCUGGCGCUAUGGGCGUACUUGCGUCCGCCGCAGCUACCCAUCAGAGACUGAGACCAUAAUAUCAAUAACUAAGAUCUGUGCGGGAUUUCAUUCAGUGCUGACCACGAUUAGGUCCUGUUGAAUUGGAUAUAUAUCUCAACCGUAAACCCAAGAAUGUAACCGCUAUCCGUGGCUCAUCCAGCUAUGACCUCCGUCCAUCUACCAAAUAUGAACAUCAUCCUUGGGGUGCCCUAUAUUGGUAACCUCUUUGAGGCUGCGUUAUAUGGUAUAACUCUCAUGCAAACGUUCCUGUACUUUCGAAACCAACGCUCCGAUCCAUGGUACUUUAAAGCUCUUGUGAUAUCAGUGCUUGUUCUAGAUACGACUAACCUGAUCAUGUCGGCAAACGCGCUGUAUUACUACAUGAUUUCCAACUACAUGAAUCCGGCAUCUUUGCAAAUACCAGUUUGGAAUUUAUUCGGCUUGAUCUAUGUCACGACCAUAAUCGGCUUGCUCGUGCGAAGCUUUUUUGCAAUGAGGAUCUACAUCUUAAGCAAGAGGAAUAAGAUCUUAACUGGGUUUUUUAUUGCACUCAUCUUCGAGGUAUUUGCCGGUGGAAUGAUAAACGCGACACUUGGCUUGGUGAACGGGAAGAGCUUUCACGUUUUCAUUGAAAAAGACUUGUGGAUUAUGUAUCUUGCAUUGGUAUCUAUUACUACUGCCGAUGUCUCAAUCGCCAUCGCUCUGUGCUGGCUCCUGAGAGCCAACCGCACGGGGUUUAAGAAGACAGAUUCUAUGGUGAAGACACUGAUGAUAUAUUCCAUCAACGCUGGUGCACUCUCAGCCGUCACGGCCACUACUACCCUCAUCACGUUCGCCUUGUUCCCAACUUCACUCAUAUAUUUAGGAGUGUUCCUCUCUCUCGGAAAAUUGUAUACAAACUCGCUGUUGGCAUCUUUGAAUGUCCGUGACAGCGUGCGCGCAAAAGGGUCGUCUGAUGUCUCAAAUACGUUUGGAUCUAUGGCCACCAGCACUACACGAUCUUAUCCGAUUCCCUUGGAACAAAUGCAGUUCUCUUCGAGCCAAAAGAAUGCGACUAUGGACGAGUCUGUAGUUGAAAAAAACCCGGGCCAACGACUUCUUGUCAGCAUCUCCAAAGAGUCUGACACAGUUUUUGAUCCUCACGUGCAUCCUUGAGGAUAGAAAGCGGCUAUGUAACAACCCCGUAAGCUUUGUGAUUGUAACGGCGUCGUAUAUAAGUAUCUAGAUGGUAUCGUGUCGUGUAGUGAUGAUGAUGAUAGGUUUUUAUAUAGAGCUGAGCUGAA